UCAAAAGACAUGUUUUUCAAAGAUAUGUGUAUUAUUUAUGUUUGUUUAAACAGUCUAAUCAAUUUGAGUUCAUUUAUUGUUUAAAGUAGAGAAUGUGCUCCCUUAGAAUGUUUAAUGUCAUGGGUUCUUUAAGAAAGAGUUAAUAUCAAAGCGUAACAGGUCAUAUGACCAGGUUGAGUUGAACGCGGGACCGCUGCAUUAUGGGUUGAAGAAACAUGGAUGCAGAGUAAUGUUAAUGGUAUACAGAGCCUGGAAAGGAGUAACCUUUAUCUGCAUGGUCUAAGAGGGCGCACACGUUUUCACGGUGUCUGCUGGAAAGAGACAGAGACAUAGAGACAAAUAAACAGCAAAAAGGACAUCUGUAUGAAGCGUGGCUCAUUUCAUUAGACCAGUGCAGUUACAGUGAAAACGUAACGCCAGCAAAGCCGACAGCGCCAAAUGUGGAACGGUACCCGUCGGAUCUGAAGAGAAAGCAACAUCGCGGCCGCUGGAGCAUCGCGUACAGACAAGAAGUCGGAGAAAAGGAAGAAUCACGAUCGCGGAACCAUCGCGCGGUCUGAGAUUGCAUCAGAGAGGAGACUUCCCCUUUCACAGUUGUCACAGCCAAGGAAAGUACCGCGACGCGAGCAGUAGAGGGCGACAUUCAUCCUUCUAGAUUACAGCCUUACAAGUAUCCUUCCUACAGGCUUCAGAGUACUGUGUUUAUUCCAUCGUUGUUUGAAGCAGAAGAGUUCUGCUGUGCAGUUAACUGCAGGUUUGACUGUGCUACUUCUACAUCUAUAUGGACAUUAAAAAAAAAAAAAAAAAAGGUAAAGUGUUAUAAAUAUAUUGCUUUAAUUGAUUUAUGCUUCAGCAUUGACAUUGUUGUGAAUGGUGAGUAAUUUGAUCUGAGAGUAAUAGUUAAGUAACCGUGUACUAAAGUGUUUUUGGAAAACAUUUACAAUGUCAGUCUAUGGAGAAAAAUCACAAUGUGGUGAAUCAAGUGAGCAAAUAGAGACCAUUCAAGCAGAGUUGAUUAGGUUAAAUGAACAAUUGAAAUCUCAAAGUAAUGAUGUUGAAAGGGAAAGAUUAGAGUCACUCAUUGGUGAUGUUCACUCCAAAAUACAGUCACUUCAAACAGCAAUGACAGAACCUAUUCCUUCCACUUCAAGAACAGAUGAACCCAGGAAAUCCUCACGAGAAAGAAAGUUAACUCCAAAAAUGCAGGAGCUUAAGCAGCAAGAAGUUUCUCAAAAGGAGAGUAAAUUCAUCAAGUUGUAUGAAAGCUGGAAAGAUCAAGUUAAAGCUACACGUACCAAACUGAAGGGUGAGUGCUCGGACCAAGACUUAAGUGACCUGAUGGACAGUGUAGAGGGAAUGGAAAGUCAAGUGAAAAAUGUAUAUGAACUUAUAAGAUCUCAAUCAGUUCCUUCUACUGAGAUUAGAAGAAAAAUGGAUUCCUGUACAGCAGUGACUGCAGAUUUGAUGGGGCUAAUGAAAGUUCGUAUGAGUGAAGUGGGGCAAGAGGAAUUUGAUGCUAAUGCAGAAGAUGCAAGAAUUCAUAUGGUGCUUGACAAGGAGUAUGCUCAGUCGAUAUUUACGACUACAAGCUCUAAGUCUAUUCGUAGUCACCGUUCAAGCUCCUCAAUAGAUCAGCAAAGUAUCACUGCAAAAAGAGCAGAGUGUGCCGCACAGUUGGCUGCAAAGCAGGCAGAGAUAAAAAUGGAAGAGGCUAUUGCUACUCAAAGGCUAGAACUUAAAAGACUGGAGAAUCAGAGAGAUCUUCAGGUAAUAGCUGCAAAGCUCAAGGUAUACUCUGAAGCUGACUCAGGUGAGUCAUGUAAUGAUAGUAUAGCAGCAAGCAGUGAUUUAGCCAGUUGUCCUGUAAUGUCUUCUAAGGAAAUUAAAAAGGAACAGGCAUGCAAGAAUGAUAACCAGGAACAAAAAGACCAUAGUAAUGGUGAUGCAUCAAUAGUACAAGCCUUACAUGACACAAUGGUUCUCAGUAGACUUCCUGCACCUGAGCCCUCAGUUUUCAUAGGAGACCCACUUAAGUUCUUAGAGUGGAGAACAAGUUUCAAGGCAUUAAUAGAGCGGCGAUGCACAAAUCCAGCUGAUAAGUUGUUCUACCUACAAAAAUAUGUCAGUGGUGAGGCCCAGUCUGUAUUGGAAGGAAGCUUCUACAGAAAGGAUGAUGAAGCCUAUGAACAAGCAUGGGAAGCACUGAAUUCUCGGUAUGGCCAUCCAUUUGUAAUCCAGCGUGCAUUUAGAGAAAAACUGAAUGACUGGCCUAAGAUAAGCUCGAGAGAGUCAGUUAAAUUGAGACAAUUUAGUGAUUUUCUGACAGCCUGUAGCAAUGCCAUGCCACACAUUAAAGGGCUUCAGGUGUUAAAUGACUGUGAGGAGAAUCAGAAAAUGCUACAAAAACUCCCUGACUGGCUGACAUCUCGUUGGAAUCGGCAUGUAACAAUGCAGCUGAAACAAUUGGAGGAAUACCCUACUUUCAAGGAGUUUGCUGAUUUCGUGGCACAAGAAGCAGAAAUAGCAUGCAAUCCAGUAACAUCCUUUCAUGCCCUCAAGCUCACUCAAGAGAAGCCAUCUAGAGAGGUUAAGCGCUCAAAGGCAAAUGCAUUCAUCACUAAUGUGAAAGCGUCAGAUAAAUCAAGAAUAGUGUCAAAGACAUACAGUGUUGGAGUAAGCAAUUCAGUGGAUUCAAACCGAUCCGACAAAGUCAUCACUGUGCCUUCAGUUUCAAACUCAGUCACUUGCAGGUAUUGUGGGGAAAACCACUCCAUCCACAAAUGCCAAACGUUUGCCAGUAAGUCUGUGGAGGACAAAAGGAAGUUCAUAUUAGACAAUAACCUUUGCUUUGGCUGUCUUAGGAAAGGACACAACUCCAAGGAUUGCAAGAGUAAAGCUACUUGUAGUGUAUGCAAGAAACAUCAUCCAACACCACUUCAUGAAGACCGCCCUUCUUCUACAGCAGUCACAUUUUCUCAUGCAAUGCAAGCAGAACAAAACACAUCUUCACUUUCCUGUUGUGUAGACAGUGGCGAUGGUGGGAGUACAUCAAUGAUAGUGCCUGUAUGGAUUUCUUCAACUUCCACACCUGAAAGGGAGAUCUUGGUUUAUGCCCUUCUGGAUACACAGAGCAGCAACACCUUCGUGGAUCAAGAGGUAUGUGAGAGGAUGGGGGCAAUUUCAGAGCCAGUCAAGUUAAAGCUUACAACAAUGAUGGGAAAAGAUUCCAUUGUUCAGAGUGAAAGAGUUAGUGGGCUCAGAGUUAGAGGCUUUACUUCUUAUGGCUUAAUCAGUUUGCCACCUGCCUAUACUAGAGACUUCAUUCCACUUGAACGCUCCCACAUUCCUACUCCUGAAACUGCUAGAAGAUGGAAUCAUCUGAAAGAAAUUGCUCAGGAAAUUCCAAUGCUGCUGGAUUGUGAAGUCGGACUUCUGAUAGGUUACGAUUGCUCAAGAGCUUUGGCACCACGGCAAGUCAUCACAGGAGGUGAUGACGAACCAUAUGCCAUCAGGACAGACUUGGGUUGGAGCAUAGUUGGCUCCUCACCUAAGAUUGCAAAAUCAACUGAAGUUACAGGCCUGUGCCAUCGUGUAUCUGUUAAGGAACUCCCAAAUCUGACACCUACCUCAAUUAUCAGAGCCCUUGAAUCAGACUUUGGAGAUACAAAUCCAAGGGAAAGGAGCAUAUCACAAGAUGAUAUACAGUUCAUGCAACUUAUGAAUGAGAAAAUUCACAAGAACUCAGAGGGACACCUUGAGAUGCCCCUCCCCUUUAAGACACGCCCACAGUUACCUGAAAAUAAACAGCUGGCUCUGGUGCGAUUGAAGCGCCUGAAAGGAAAAUUUGAGAAAGACCCAAAAUUCAAGGAUGAUUAUGUAAAGUUUAUGGAAGGUGUCUUCAAGGAUGGCGAUGCGGAGAGAGUUGAACUCCAACCUAAAAAAGGAAAUGUCUGGUACAUUCCUCACCAGGGAGUAUAUCACCCUAAAAAGCCAGAGAAGAUUAGAGUUGUGUUUGAUUGCUCUGCCAAAUAUGAUGGCACCGCAUUAAAUGAUCACUUGUUAACUGGGCCUGAUCUCACUAACGGGCUAACAGGGGUACUUUGCAGGUUUCGCAAAUAUCCAAUAACAAUUAUCUGUGAUGUAGAAAGAAUGUUCCAUAGGUUCCAUGUAAGCCAGGAAGACAGAGAUUACUUACGGUUCCUGUGGUGGAAAAAUGGCGAUACAAACACUGAGCCAAAGGAGUAUCGCAUGAAAGUCCAUCUUUUUGGAGCAGCAUCCUCUCCUGGCUGCGCAAAUUAUGGAAUGAAGUAUCUUGCAUGUCAAAACGAAAGAGAGCAUCCUGCAGCAGCCAGUUUCAUCAAAAGUAAUUUCUACGUUGAUGAUGGGCUCAUUAGUGUGGAAAAUGUGGACACAGCUAUCAAACUAGUACAAGAAGCCAGAAUUGUGUGUGCAAAAGGGAAAUUGCGUCUACAUAAGUUCAUCUCAAAUGACAAAAAGGUCAUGGAGUCUAUACCUGUUAGUGAGCAAGCCAGCGGUGUUCAAGAUGUGGAGCUUGGCUCUGAUGAACUUCCAGUCCAGACGGUGUUGGGAGUUAAAUGGAGUGUAAAUAGUGACACCUUUUCCUUUAAAGUAGCCCUGGAUGAGAAACCAGCAACGCGGCGAGGAGUCCUCUCAACAGUCGCAUCUGUGUUUGAUCCAUUAGGCUUCCUGGCUCCCUUUCUCCUAUUAGGAAAGAAAGUAUUACAGGAGAUGUGUCAGAGGGGCAUUGAAUGGGAUGAUUCACUCCCCAAAGAGUUAAUGCCACAAUGGACUAGCUGGCUAAAUGAAUUGAAGGAUCUGCACAAUCUCCAGAUUGCAAGAUGCUUUGUUCCUGACUAUUUAGGGACUGUCCAGAGGAUCGAACUCCAUCACUUUUCAGAUGCGAGUAGCUAUGGCUAUGGUCAAUGCUCAUAUAUUCGAGUGUUGAGUGAAGACAAAGUGCACUGCUCCUUUGUCAUUGGCAAGGCAAGGGUUGCACCCACAAAAGUUGUGACCAUACCCAGGCUUGAGUUAACUGCUGCGGUGAUUUCUUCAGCAGUCAGUAGAAUGUUAAAGGAGGAGUUGGAGCUCAAAAUUGAUCAAGAAUAUUUUUGGACCAACUCAAAAGUAGUCUUAGGCUACAUUAACAAUGAAGCCCGUAGGUUUCAUGUUUUCGUAGCGAAUCGAGUCCAAAGAAUUAGAGAAACGACUGACCCUGAACAGUGGCAUUAUAUAGAUUCUGAACAAAAUCCUGCAGAUCACGCUUCCAGGGGCCUCAAGGUGUCGGAGUUGAUAAAUUCGAAUUGGCUCACUGGACCUAAGUUUCUCUGGGAAAGAGAAAUUAUCACAUCAGAGACCACUCCAGAGCUUCUGAUUGGUGAUCCUGAAAUCAGGGCAACGCAAGUGCUACAAACAAAGGUAGCAAGUGAUGAAGAUUUUUUGGAGCGGUUCAAUAGGUUUUCGAAAUGGCACACUGCAUUGAAAGUUGUUGCUCGAAUUCAGCAGUUAGCGAGACACAAGGCAGGUAAACCCAUAAAUGUUGAAGAAAUGAGAAAUGCCAGCAUCAGGCUUGUAAAAUUGGCACAAAGGGAUGCCUUCAAAGAUGAGAUACAAAAAUUGAAACAAGGCAAAUUGCCAAAUAGUCACCCUUUGUUCCAACUUGACCCAGUACUGCAAGAUGGUGUUCUCAGGGUGGGAGGGCGAUUGAAGAAAGCUUUCCUACCUCUAGACACGAAGCACCCAGCAGUCCUUCCAAGAGAUGGUGUGGUCACCCGUCUCAUCGUGGAUUACUGCCAUGAAAAGACUCAACACCAAGGCAGAGGACAGACCCUUAAUGAACUGAGAGGAAAUGGUUACUGGGUUGUUGGUGGCAGCAAAGUUGUGGCUAACCUCAUUAAGCAAUGUGUUAUAUGCAGGAGAGCUCGCAGGACAACAGAGACACAGAUGAUGGCGGAUCUACCUGCUAACCGUGUUGACUCCUCUCCACCAUUCUCUUACUGUGGGAUGGAUUGCUUUGGGCCGUUUCUAUGUAAGCAAGGACGGAAAGAACAAAAAAGAUAUGGUCUCAUAUUCACCUGCUUCUCCUCAAGAGCAAUCCAUAUAGAGAUGCUAGAAGAUCUAACCACUGAUGCCUUCAUAAACGCCUUGCGAUGUUUUAUUGCAAUCCGUGGAGCUGUAAGAGAAAUCAGAUCGGAUCAAGGGACAAACUUUGUUGGGGCAAAAAACGAGCUGACAAAGGCUUUGGAAGAAUUGGACAAGGAGAGAUUAACUGCUUACCUAUCCCAAAAGCAAUGUGAUUUCAUUUUGAACGUGCCUGAUGCCAGUCACAUGGGAGGGGUUUGGGAAAGGCAGAUCAGAACCAUUAGAAGUGUUCUAAGUUGGGUCCUUUCACAGAGUGCAGGAAGACUGGAUGAUGCCUCCUUGAGAACUUUCUUCUAUGAAGCCAUGUCAAUCAUAAAUAAUCGCCCACUCACCUCAAAUAACAUUAACGAUCCCAAAGGGCUAGAGCCACUUACCCCAAACCAUUUACUCACCAUGAAAUCUUCUGUCCCUCUGCCUCCACCUGGGAAAUUUGUGCCAGAGGACCUGUAUGCGAGGAAGAGGUGGCGCAGAGUACAAUAUCUGACACAGCAAUUUUGGAGUAGAUGGAGGAAGGAAUAUCUGGCAAACAUCAUCCUUAGACAACGGUGGCACUCUCCAAGACGAAAUGUAAAGAUUGGAGAUAUUGUCAUUGUCAAGGAGGAACAGCUUCCCCGCAAUGAAUGGAGACUUGGACUAGUGCUUGAUGCUUGUGCAGAUGAAGACGGAUUGGUGCGAAAAGCCAAAAUUCAAAUAGGAAAUAGGAAGUUAGGGAAAAAGGGUCAACGACUGACUAAUCCAUCAAUUCUUGAGCGUCCUAUUCAUAAAUUAGUAGUACUUGUAGAGAACAAUUAAAUCUGAUUUAUUGUCUGAUCUUGAGACUUUUAAGUGUCACAAGUUCAUCUGGUAGUCUUGAACCAAGAGUCAGAGAUAUGUGAUUCUAAUAUCUGGUUUGUGAAAUUACUAAUUUUUCAAACAUUUACGUAAAGUUAAUCACAAAUUGUAGUAAUUUGGUGGGAGUGUAACUGUCAAAAGACAUGUUUUUCAAAGAUAUGUGUAUUAUUUAUGUUUGUUUAAACAGUCUAAUCAAUUUGAGUUCAUUUAUUGUUUAAAGUAGAGAAUGUGCUCCCUUAGAAUGUUUAAUGUCAUGGGUUCUUUAAGAAAGAGUUAAUAUCAAAGCGUAACAGGUCAUAUGACCAGGUUGAGUUGAACGCGGGACCGCUGCAUUAUGGGUUGAAGAAACAUGGAUGCAGAGUAAUGUUAAUGGUAUACAGAGCCUGGAAAGGAGUAACCUUUAUCUGCAUGGUCUAAGAGGGCGCACACGGUAAUUCAUCUUUAAAUCUGUUGUAUUUUCUGUAAAAUGUUGUUUUAUAUCAGUUUAUGUAAACGAUGUUAUGUGUAAAUCGUGAUGUAAUCAGAUUCGGAUUGUCGCAUGUGUUCAUUUGCGUAUCAGCGGACAUUUACAUGAGAGACUUGAAAAGAACUCGACUAAAUGCAUAUUUUGAACAUUAUAUGUUUAUUUCUUGUAGUUUUCACGGUGUCUGCUGGAAAGAGACAGAGACAUAGAGACAAAUAAACAGCAAAAAGGA